UAUACGAUUUAAUUUUUAAUCAUAGCUGUAUUUAGCAAAUGGCUUGCAAAAUUUUUGAGAAAAACUUUGAGCCAGUUCCAGCAUACUACUGCCCAUGAGGUGGAUCAAUAAUGUUAUUGAGAGAGAGAUUGAAAGAUCUGAGAGAUUCCUUACACAGUAGGAUGUUUGGUGGAGAGACCUAGGACCUGGGAAUUUUGCACAGCAGUCUGUAACACUGAGGACUCUCAGUAAAAGAAUAAUAAAAGUGCCUGGCAUUUACUUAGGAAAACACAUUCUUACUCAACAUCCCACUCAUUUUUGAUCCUCACAACAAAUCCAAGGAAAAGGUAAGCAAGGUGUGUUACAGGUGAGGGGACGGAGAGUCAGAGAGCUGAAGUGACCACUGACACGUGGAGCUGAGACUAGAAUUGGGUCCUUGAGACUUCCAGUUCACAGCUUUUUCCAUACCAUCCUGCUUCUUUGAACCCCCUGCCAUCACUGGGAGAGCCAUUUAUUAUAAGCAGCCCAUUAAAUAAUCUGGGAUGUGUAUGUCAGGCCUUAUUCCCCAAAUUCAUUCCAGGGGCCUCUCCUGUAUCUUCACAAAUAAAGAAUGAAAUAAAGUUGGAGGCUUAUAGAGUGGGCAAUGAUAACCCAUUGCAUUAGCAGCUUUGAUAGCCAGACCCCAAGAUGGCCACCAAUGAUCCUUAGCCCCUGGUGUUCAUGUCCUUGGACCCCUACAUCGAAGAGGGCUGGCCUUGUGACCAAUAGGAUACUGCAGGAGUGAUGGUAUAUGACUUCUGAAGCCAGCCAUAAAUGGCACUGCAGCUUCUGCCUUGUUCUCUUGGAUCACUGGGGGAAGUGCUCUCAGCUCUUGUGCUCUGGGGGAAGUCGGCAGAAGGUUGUGCAGACACCCAAGCAGCCCAGUGGAGAAGCCCACAUUGGAAGGAACUGAGGCCUCCCACCAACAACCAGCACUACUUGCCAGCCAUGUAAGUGAGCCACCUUGGAAGUGGAUUCUCCAGCUCCAGACAAGCUUUCAGAUGACAGCCACCUUGGCUAACAUCUGACUGAACCUCAUAAGAAACCCCAAGUCAAAAUCACCCACCUAAGUGCUCCCAAAGUAUUGACCCACAGAAACUGAGAGAUGACCAAUGUUUAUGUUGUUUUAAGCCACUUAGUUUCUGGGUAAUUUGUUACACAGCAAGAAUUCAACUGGAUUUCUUUCAGAGCUGCACCAUAUGGGCUGUGGGUGAUCUUAAUCCACUACAGAGAGGUGUUAGGGGCUUAAGCGAGGACUUUAAGUAAAUUGUUGUGUUGUUUUUGUUUUCCACCAAAGAAAUUGAAUAAGUCAACAUUGGAGGGCUUUGUACAAUAUAACUUGAAAUGCAUUUUCUCUUUAAUGCUUUUCUAAAUAAAUCUAAUGCUUUUCUAACAUUUUUUUACAUAUUGUUAUCCACAAAAAUGUGCACUCUACACUGAGUGCAUCUGCAACUCUGAAGAGCAAGGCAGCUUGACCUGGCAUUGACUCAGGCGCCCUUAAGUCAUCCCACAGCCCUUAGACCCCACCUUCACUGUCCCCUUUGAUACUUUUGGGUCUCUGGGCCAUGGCAUCGCCUGCCCUUUGGGAAAGCCUGAACAAGGGAAAAUAAUGAAACAAAUUAAUUUGGAAGGGAGGGGGCUAGAGACCCCACUGGAUGUUGCGGGUGGAGACCUUAAGAUCAUUAGCAAAACACCAGCCCUAACACCCUCUGGGAGGCUGAGCCUGGAAAAAUCAGCUCGCGUUCCCAAGAGCUCAGGAGAGGAUCUCAGCGUAGACAGGCUGUCGUGCCUACCGGGAGGGUGGGAGCCGGGAUUACCCCAGCUCCUUGGCGCGUUUCCUCCGAGCUGGAGGAGGCCGAGGGUGGACCCCGGAGCCGUUGCCCAAGGCGAGGCGCCCGAGCGCCGGCGCGGGGAGACCGGAGGUGGGACGCGGCAGGCUGCGCCUUGCAGGCCAGAGGCAACGGGUGCGGAGCGCGCACGGCCCCUGAGCGCCGGCGCCUUCAGCAUGGAGUGGGAGCUCAACUUUCUGCUCUACCUGGCGCUCUUCUUCUUUCUGCUCUUCUUACUUUUCCUGCUGCUCUUCGUAGUCAUCAAGCAGCUGAAGAACUCCGUGGCCAGCACUGCCGGGGCGCUCCAGCCCGGGCGCCUCUCGCUGCACCGGGAGCCUUGGGGCUUCUCCCACGACCAAGGGGUGUGACCGGCGCCGCGCGGACACUGGCAGGAGGGCAUGGAGCUGUGCGGGCACCGGGCUGGGUCUCGGCCUCGAUUCUCUGGCCGCCCGGGUUCGAGGGCCAGGCUCGGCUGCCUCGCUGGCAGAUGCUUUUUCCUCGGUUUAUGCCGUCUCAAGUUCUGGAGCCGAGCUGCUGCUCUGGGCUGGGGUGUGGAGGACCGCGGAUGCAGUUACAGCCGGGUAACCGGGCUGGAAACACCAGAGACGGACGUUUUCUGCGAUGCAGUGCCACUGGUGUCCAGAGGUUUAAAUCACCCCUGACUCUUCUAGACAGGAGACUAUAGAGAACCCAGGGUGAGUAGUUUGCUGCCAUCCCAGUAUUAAGCCAAUCUCUUUGCUGGUUCUACUGACUCAGUUUCCUACGAAAAGAGUGGUUGCCUUUCUCUCUUGUGGCCAGUUCCAUUUUAUAACCUCCUCAGAAUCUAAUUCAUUAACUACUAAGUUCCCAUUUAUCCAGGCAAAAAUGAAUAUUUAUUCCUAUUACCCAAUCUCUGCCUGGAACUUGGCCCUAAAAUCUAGGAAUUAAGAAUUCUCACAUUUGCUCUCAGAACUUGCUGCUGUUGAUCUCCUGCUUUGCGCUUGCUUUGUUAGAGGUCUUGCUUUUGAAACUUUGACAUCUCUACAUGAGCUGCCCUGUUCCAUUCAUUUAUUCAAUCAUCAUUUUUAAGAACGCAACAUAGAUUGAUCUCUCACAUUAGAACUACUUUUGAACUCAAAUUUUGUGCUACCUGUAUACAUUUUUAAUCUAGCGCUCUGACGCCCACAGUGGCCUAGGUGCCAGGCUUGUACAUAUCGGCUGCUCCAUCCACUGACCACACCCUGGUCCUGACAACCACUCCACCAAGUCUGUUUUUGAAGACAGUGUACAUAUGAGCUAGGCAUUAAAACACUUUGAAAAGUCAGGAACAUUUAAAAUAACUGCUCGUUAUAUAAGUGUAACUUGAUUAUAGAAAAUUGCUAUAUUUUAUUUUCAAUAUGAGGUUUUUAGUGACUCUUCAGCAAUGUUAGAAACUGAGUUGAAUUUCUUACAUUAUAAGGAAAUGGGCCAUAAUUCGAUUGUUAUAUAAUAUUAGUAUUCUGUUUCAACUGUUCUUAUUUCAUUGUUGUUUCUAAAUUUCAGCUGUUUAAAAAGACUUGAAAUCUUAUUAGGAUAAUCUCGAUUGUUUCACGGAUUUCCAAACUUGUAAGUGCAAUGAAUCUGCAGUUCUAUUUGGAAAGAUAACCAUUUUAAGUUGAAUGAGAAUGACAUCACAAUCAUACCUGUGACAUCUAAAAUGUCUAAUAAAGUAGAUUCCUAUGUCUGAACUUCAAUUUUAAGGCACAGCUGUGGAUGCAGGACUGAUGCCAUCUGGUGUGAUUGCACAGAAUAAGAGAGAAAAUCUACCCAGGGUGUGCCGUGCACUGGCUUUUCUGGGAAUGGACACGGUGCCAGGAUUUGUUUUUGGUUCACUUGCAGGGGUGGGAACUUGGAACUAGAUAAAAAUUUUCUUAUUGGGAAUCAAGGUGGAUUGCUAUCUUGAAAUUACUGGACUGAACAGCGGCUUAAACAAAGUUCCAAGGUGGUUGUUACAGCUCCCCUCAAGAAGAUGGAGGAAACCCAAAGGGAAAACAGAGCACGCCAGUUUGAGUCCGCUUCCGUUUAAAGAGCUUUCGGCAGCCCAGCAACUUUUGCUUACAUCUCAUUGGCCAGACUGUGUCAUUGGCUCCUGCUAUGUCUAAGGUUGGCUGAGAAAGGUAGUUCUUGUUGCUGGACAUAUAACUGCCUUCAACAAAAAUCUGAGUUCUCUUGAUAAGGAAGAAGAUAAUGGUGGAUCUUGGGUGAACAACUUGUAGUCUGUGCCCUGGAUACAAAAUACAGUAGUAAAGAAGCAUAAUGCUUGAAACAUGUCAAAACUGUAGCUCCUUCACAACUGGCAACACUCCAAGCAACGCUGCUGCGCUCUGAGAGAGUGAGUAGAGUGAAGACAUGUUAGGUUUUCUCAUGAAACACUUACCAGGACUGCCCUUCUCUCUCAACCAACAUCCUUGCCCCCAUCAGGCUUUUCUAGAGGAAGAUGCUGGGAACCUGCACACUGUCUUGGAGGACAUAAUCUCUUCAUGGAGGUUUGAAAUGGGAUGAGGAAUGUUCUACCUUGCUACUUCCACAUCUGCUUCAUUUCUCUCUUCUCUGAUUUUCCUGACAAAUUUUUGGUGGAAUCUAGUUGUGUAUUUGAUCCCCAUAAAAAGAUCAUUCCUUUCAUGCACAGGGGAGGGUAAUCUAUGUGAAGGAAGGCUACUUUACUCCCUUCUGUGACUCCACCACCAAUCUAGGAAUAUCCUGGAAGAAUUGCUUCUCAGAACUGCUUCCAUAAGCAGCCUACAUCCUGGCUCAGCAAAGGGAGAAGAAACACUUCCCACAUCCAGGGCUGUCCAAAAGAACUUUCUGUGAUGACAGAAAUGUUCUAUAUCUGAACUGUCUUAUAUGGUAGCCACUAGCCGCAUGGGGUUAGCGAACACUUGAAAUGUGGCUGCUGUGACUGAGGAGGUAAAUUUUAAUUUUAUCUACUUUUAAAUAAUUUAAAUGUAAAUAGCCACAUGUGGCCAGUGUCUAUUGUGCUGUACAGCAUAGUACACACCUUUCUCUUUCCUGUGUUUUAGAACUUGCUGGGUGUGUGUAUGGGGAGGGGGGUGGUUAGAGUCACCAUGUAAGUCACAUGCUUGGUGUUCCAUGGUCUUCACUGUUCCACCUUGCCAUUGAACUUGUCUCCCAGAGGAAAAGGAAACAUGGUAUUUUGGAACUAAAUUCAAGAUGUUAACUUGACAUUUACACAUUGAACGUAUGUAUAAGUGGAAUGGUCUCCUGGGAAUAGAUCCUGUGAUUGAUUUUAGUAAUAAUUGGUGAUGGGAAAGGGGUAGUGCCGGUCAUUUAACAUUCCUAGUGAACAUUAUGUGUUCCUAGUCAAAGUCAGCAGAGAUUAUUUUAUUCUGUUGUGUAAUUCAUUCUGUUACUUUAUUUUUUUAAUAUUGUGGCUGCUAAAUGAUACUUCAUGUCUGUUUUUCAAAAUACUUUGUGGUUUAUACUUCU